AUGGCGGAAGCUACAAAGACGGGAAAGAGCAUCCGCUAUGCCCGUCAAGACUUCACUAAUUGCGAGGCGAAGAUGACUGCUCUCCGGAGCCGAAAAACAACAACCAGUGCAUCGAUAAAGGGAAUGAAGAAAAUCAUCUGCGACUUUUUUUCUGAUCUCUUCGUCCUUCGAUCCAUGUCCACUUGCCUCCUAACCAUUCGAGGAAAGAUGGACAUGCCAUUUCCAGAGGUUCUACCGUCCGAAGUACGACAUGCUAUCAUGUCGGUAAGAAAUCGUACUUCACCCGGUCCUGACAGAAUAAGACCAGAACAUGUGAAGAACCUUCCGCCAGUACUCAUCAACACCCCGGCGAGGCUCUUUACACGUUAG